AUGCCGCCUAAAAGAAGAAAUCGAGAACUAGCUGGUGUAUAUGAUCAGGAACCUACACCACCUCCAUCUCCACCACCUGAAAGGAUAAUAGAAGAACUUUUUCUUCGUCAGAAUCCACCUACUUUUAGUAGGACUGGAAAUCCGACAGAGGCUGAGGAAUGGAUCCGAUCUAUGGAGCGAAUCUUUCAUUUCCUAAGGUGCUCAGCCGACUACUGGUGGGAGGCUAGGCAAAAGACUUAUACUCCGAAACAAAUUGAGAAUUUAACUUGGGAGCAAUUCAAAACUGCUCUUGUUGACAAAUACGUUCCCCGGAGUUAUCGUAAGCAAAAGGAAAUGGAAUUUACUAAUUUGAAGCAAGGGAAGAAGACUGUUGCAGAGUAUGACCGUGAAUUCUGCGACUUAACUCGUUAUGCUCCAUAUAAAGUAGACACAGAUGAAAAGAUGUCUGAGCUUUUCUGUGCUGGACUGAGACAAGAUAUCCGAGUGAUAUUAGCAAGUCAAGAUACUUUAACUUAUGCUGAAGCUCUGAAUAGGUCACUUGACAUGGAACUAGCUAUGCAGCCCGAGAAGACACCUCAAGCACCAGAGCCACCUCAGUACCAGGCGAAGCCACGAGCACCCAUGAAUCCACCUUUUGCUAAUCAAAACUCCACUCAGAAAGGAAAAAGAAAGUGGGAAUAUCAGAAUCAGCCCAACAAGAGGAUAUGGCAAGGACCAGGCCAGCAACAAUUCUCUGGAAAUGUCAAACCACCUCUGGGACAACAAGGAAUUCCACCGUGUUCCAAAUGCAAUAAAAUGCAUACUGGAAUUUGUAAGGCUGGUAGUAACAGCUGCUAUACAUGUGGACAAGCGGGGCAUUUCUCGAACCAAUGCCCAAAUAAGCAACAAGGUAAUAGAGGGAAAGACCGUACCCCAACCCAAGUCCAAAUCUAA